AUGGUAUAUAUUCAAUGUAAUGACGAUUCGACCAAGAGUUCACUAAAGUUAUCAUCAAUACCACUUAAUUUUUUUAGUAUCUUUUUGAAAUUCGUAGACUCAAAAUGCACAAUACCUGAAAAUGACUCUUUUUGGUUUAACAUCGCCAACUCCAAUAUUUCAUCGAUACCUACGUCUGUACUAGACUUUUUCCUAAAGAAAACGCUUAAAUUCUGCCUUACAAGAAAUAUAACAAACAAUAAUAUUACACAAUAUUUCAUCUUCAUUCACAAGCUCAUAAAUCAAUUUAAGGAAUCAAUCCUCACAAAAAAUGAAUAUAUUAUCACAUUAAGUCAAUUUCACUCCAUAUUAUUACUAACUAGAACCUUGUUUUACAUAUUGUCUAUGCAUAUAACGGUCAUCGAGCUUAUAUUUCAUUUGGAUUAUUCAAAAUACUAUGAUGAUACUAUUUUUUCUGAUAAUAAUGGCGUUACAAUUAUAUGUAUAAACGAAAGCAUUUGGUUAGAUCCCAAAGAAAUAAAUUUGGAUACUGAUCUAUAUCACUUAAUUAUAAAUCAUCAUAAAUGGACUAAACAGACUAAGGAACUAUUUGUUGAUGGUUUCUGUCUGAUAGAUUCAGAAUACUGUAUACAUUCAAUCAAAAAUGCACUUAAACAGAUAAUUUACACAAGAGAUUUAACACUAAUCAUUGUACCCUUCACUCUACAUAUGUAUUCUCUAAUCAAAUUAUUAUUUGAUGAUAUGAUGGCAUUUAUCAUGUUGGAAAGUGAAUCAUUGAGUGUCAUUAAAUGUAAAAAUUUUAUGCUUGAAAUUUUAAACAUUUUAUCUUCAAUAAUCCUAAAUUCAUCCUUCAUGGACAAGGAAAGUAUGUUAUCACUCUCAUCCAUUGAGAUUCCGCCAACAAAUCACACAUCUUCAGGCACCGGAUUACUUUUUUAUGAUUAUUUGAUAUUGAAAUUUGAAGAAGCUAAAGUAUGCGGUAAUAAUGGUAGUCAGUUAUUGUAUAAGUCUGAUAAUCCUAAAUUUAUAUUCCAACAUCAGUCUCAUAAUAUUGAAUUUCUGACUCAUUUAAACGGGGAACUCGCCAGAUAUCAUAAUCACCCAUACAAAAUAGAUUGUACUAACCCAAUUAUAAGUGAAUAUUGCAAAUUAUUGUUAUUUACAUUGAUCAAUUACUCACAUAAAACUGAUGUAUCAUUCAACUUAAAUACCGAUUGUUUUAUAUUAAUACUAAUAAAAUUAAUUCAAAAUGGUUCUAUUUGCGUACAAAUAGAAACAGUACAUUGCAUAUUUGAUUACUUGAAUAAAUUGUUAUUGAAAUCUCAAUGCAGAUGUUGGGUGGUUGUGGAUGUGGCUAUUGCAGCGUUGUUUAUUGUUGACAAGAUAAUUUGUUCUGACCCCAUAAUUAAUAAUAACAUAAAAUACAAUCUGGAAAUUGUUCUUGAUUGGAUGAUCUCGAAUGUUGAGAGUAUUUGCAACAUAAAUCUACAAUUAUACCUAUCGAAAGUUUACUUCAAGUUGGUAAAUACUGACAUGUGCGAAGAUAUAAAUCAACACAUUACCCAAUGGAUAAAAUUGCUCAAAUUAUAUGAUAAUUUAAAUAUGCGGCUGAGAAAAGCUCCUCCUUGUUCUGAUCAUGAUUUGGUACUUGGAUGGAUUUGCCUAACAUUUUCCAUACAUAGCAUCAUGUUCCAUUAUAUGAUAACACAAUCAUACACAAAAGAAACGCGAAAAACUGUGAUAAAAAAUGUAGCGAAUGUUAUAGAUAAAUUGGCGUUAGUGCAAUAUGAAGAGAUAGAUGUGCCAAAAGAGUAUAAUGUAUUAAUUGAUUUAAAAAUGGUUAAAGAGGCGUGCAAACAACUAGAUAAAAUGCUACAAAUAGUUAAAUCAAAUUUUGAAAUGAAAUUUAACCCAACGGAUUAUUGUUUUGAUUAUUCAAUCCUACAUUCAUGCAAUGUCGAUGUAAAUUACUUUAAACCUUUGCUUUGGUCAGUUUUCACUUCACUGUUGAACUCUAAAGAGGCAUGUAUAACCAUUUGA